AUGGAAAACGGUUGGAUUAGAGAAUGCUUAGCACUAGCUGCUUCUAUAACACUGUCAACAGUUGUUGCAAGUCGAAGCAAAGGUUAUCGUCGGAAGGGAAUUGAUAAUUACAAUUCAACAAGACAUGUUCAACACGACCAAACGGAUUCUACCACUGAAGCUUCUAGCAGCGGUACAAAUUUGCCUUCCAGUGCAAGUAAUAUCACAGAUGGCAUCAUAACAACAGCAGCAACAGCAGCAUCGGCAGUUGAAUCAUCCUUAAAAUCACUCGAAGACAAAGCCACAUCACAUUUUCGUAAAACUCGAUUGAAAUUCCUGAAAACAAAAACAAUCGUUGAUGAGAAAGAAGAAAAAACACAGUUUGAAAAGGUAGCUGUACGACAACGACCAGCAAGAAGCAAAAACAGGAGUAGAAAUGCUUUAAAAUGGAAAGAAGGAGUGAAACCACCCAAAACUGCAAAGCAUAGUGCAGGAAAGAAGAAAAAACACAAGAAAAAGCGACACAGAAAGCAAAAGAAACCAAGCGAGGAUAAGCUAGAAACUACGAAGAAUGUUGAAUCAGUAGUGGAAGAACACGAAAAGGAAGUAAAAACAGUCGAAAGAGAAAAGACUGAAACAGAACCUGAACUUGAUCUAAUCGAUGACCAGUCGGGUGGUGAACUGGGAAGCAAUGAAGAAUCUGAAGAAGAUGGGAUUGAUGGAAAAAAGAAAGAUGCACCAAAACCAUCGUCUUUAGCAACAUAUCCCAGCGAACCAACGGGAGUGUUAGAAUUUAGCUACCUUGACACGGGAAAAGGAUCAGCAGAAUUCGUGACUCCUGCUAUAAUGCCAGACCAGGAGCCAAUUUUCUGGGUUGCAGCCAAAACUGCAGCUGUAACCGGCAGUAGUUCUAGCAUUUUUCAAAGUAAUGAUACAAAUUCCACCGAAGAAAGUGAAACAAAAACUAGCGAAGAGGAUCCGACGUAUGAAUCAGAACCAAUAAUCCUUUCUGGACCAGCAUGUCAUGCUUUGAAUCUUAUCAUGAAGAAAGACUUAUUCAAGAAUUCAGCAAAUUCAGAAGCAGAAAAUGAUUUAAUUAGACAAUAUUUUGCUGGAAGAGUCCCUCCAGAACGAACAAACGCAGCCCAGGAAACUCUUCAAAGAGCAGUUGAGCUAGCAAUUACAAGACUAAAGUCUGGAGGAGUAAGUGCUGAGUUAUAUCAGUUUCUGAGUAAUCGUUCAGUAGCAGUAAGUUUGAUGAUUGACGCCAUGAAGUAUCGAAAAAAGGAUUUCCUUCCACUAAUCUGGCGUUAG